CGUUUGAAGAACUGAUCGAGCAGAGCAAGUGAAGCUUCUGCUCCCGUUUGCAAACUGGAAACCCAAGCUCCAAGUCCUCAUGGAGUCUGAGAGUUCAUUCGCCAACAAGUAGCAGGAGAACUGGGAUGUUUACUUGGAAGUCCCUCGUUCUUUGGGCUGUGCUGGUCACAGCCACACUGUCCAUUGCAAGACCGGCGCAAACCAUGCCAGAGCAAGUUCUACCCAAAGCAAGCAUUGAAGUGGAAUCUUACUCAGCUCACCCUGGUGACCUCCUCCAGUUGCGCUGCCGGCUACGUGAUGAUGUUCAGAGUAUCAACUGGGUGCGAGACGGGGUCCAGCUGUCAGAAAACAACCGGACGCGCAUCACAGGGGAGGAGGUAGAGGUCAGGGACGCCGUUCCUGAGGACUCAGGGCUGUAUGCCUGCAUGACCAACAGUCCCUCGGGAAGCGAAACCACCUACUUCUCCGUGAAUGUCUCAGAUGCUCUUCCUUCUGCCGAAGAUGAUGACGACGAUGACGAUUCCUCCUCAGAGGAAAAAGAAGCUGAUAGCUCCAGACUAAAUCAAGCCAUAGCUCCCUACUGGACAUACCCUGAGAAGAUGGAGAAGAAGCUUCAUGCUGUUCCUGCUGCUAAGACAGUGAAAUUUAAGUGCCCGUCCAGUGGGACACCCACCCCUACUCUGCGCUGGCUGAAGAAUGGCAGGGAAUUCAAACCUGAUCAUCGCAUUGGUGGAUACAAGGUUCGUCAUGCAACUUGGAGUAUCAUCAUGGACUCAGUGGUGCCGUCGGAUAAAGGCAACUACACCUGCAUUGUGGAGAACAAAUAUGGGACCAUUAACCACACCUAUCAGCUUGAUGUAGUUGAGAGGUCACCGCACCGCCCUAUCCUACAAGCAGGGCUCCCGGCUAACAAGACAGUCUCCCUGGGUAGCAAUGUGGAAUUUGUUUGCAAAGUCUACAGCGAUCCUCAGCCCCACAUCCAGUGGUUGAAGCACAUUGAGAUCAAUGGAAGUCGAAUUGGGCCGAGUAGUUUGCCUUAUGUGCAGGUUUUGAAGCAUUCAGGAAUUAAUAGCUCCGAUGCGGAGGUGCUGACCCUGUAUAAUGUGACAGAGGCUGAAAGCGGGGAGUAUGUUUGUAAGGUUUCCAAUUAUAUUGGUGAGGCUAACCAGUCUGCGUGGCUCACCGUCACCAGACCCAUGGCUGCAGAUAUCGACGACAAGCCUGCUAUGAUGACCUCCCCUCUGUAUCUGGAAAUCAUAAUUUACUGCACGGGGGGCUUCCUCAUCUCCUGCAUGAUCGUCACCGUCAUCCUGUACAAGAUGAAGAGCACCACGAAGAAGACCGACUUCAACAGCCAGCUGGCUGUGCACAAGCUGGCCAAGAGCAUCCCCCUGCGCAGACAGGUAACAGUGUCAGCUGACUCGAGCUCCUCCAUGAACUCUGGAGUGAUGCUUGUGCGUCCCUCACGGCUUUCCUCCAGUGGGACCCCAAUGCUGGCGGGUGUCUCUGAGUACGAGCUGCCAGAAGACCCUCGCUGGGAGCUUCCCAGAGACAGGCUGAUCCUGGGCAAGCCGUUGGGAGAAGGCUGCUUUGGACAGGUUGUGCUGGCUGAGGCCAUAGGUCUGGACAAGGACAAGCCAAACCGUGUGACUAAAGUAGCUGUGAAGAUGCUGAAGUCUGAUGCCACUGAAAAGGAUCUGUCUGACUUGAUCUCUGAAAUGGAGAUGAUGAAGAUGAUUGGCAAGCACAAGAAUAUCAUCAACCUCCUUGGUGCUUGCACGCAGGAUGGCCCACUCUAUGUGAUAGUGGAGUAUGCAUCCAAAGGGAAUCUGAGGGAAUACCUGCAGGCUCGGCGGCCCCCAGGCAUGGAAUAUUGCUACAACCCUACUCAUGUCCCAGAAGAGCAGCUGUCCUUCAAAGACCUGGUGUCCUGUGCAUACCAAGUUGCCAGGGGCAUGGAAUAUCUCGCGUCCAAAAAGUGCAUCCACCGAGAUCUGGCCGCCAGGAAUGUGCUGGUGACCGAGGACAGUGUGAUGAAGAUCGCUGAUUUCGGCCUGGCUCGAGACAUUCACCACAUAGAUUACUACAAGAAGACAACAAAUGGUCGCUUGCCGGUCAAGUGGAUGGCCCCCGAGGCUUUGUUUGACAGGAUAUACACCCAUCAAAGUGAUGUAUGGUCCUUUGGCGUUCUGCUGUGGGAGAUCUUCACACUGGGUGGAUCACCAUACCCUGGUGUGCCGGUGGAAGAGCUGUUCAAGCUGCUGAAAGAGGGGCAUCGGAUGGACAAGCCCAGCAAUUGCACCAAUGAACUGUACAUGAUGAUGCGAGAUUGCUGGCAUGCUGUUCCUUCCCAGAGACCCACCUUUAAGCAGCUGGUAGAAGAUUUAGAUAGGAUCGUGGCCAUGACCUCUAACCAGGAAUACCUGGACCUUUCCAUGCCGCUGGACCAGUAUUCGCCCAGUUUUCCCGACACCCGCAGCUCAACCUGCUCUUCAGGAGAGGACUCUGUGUUUUCCCACGAUCCCCUCCCAGAUGAACCAUGUCUCCCCAAACACCCACCUCAGCUUGCCAAUGGCGGACUCAAAAGGCGCUGAUAGCCAUAGCUUCCAUGUGACACUUGCAAGCCCUCUGUGCAUACGAGUGCAAUGUGCGUGUGUUAAUGAGUGAAUGCACAUGCGUGUAUAUGUACGCAUGCACUUCCCUUCCAGCAGGGCUGGUGGUGGAGGGCUACUCGGGCAGCCGUCGGUCAAUUUUGGCUAUUGUAUUAAUGAAUUGUGGAGACUUCAUUCACCA